UAGUGAAUCGCCGUUCAUUUUGACCAGCGUUCGUCAGUCGCAUCCAAGAUGGCGAAGCUUGUUACAAAGGAAGCGUUCGAGUGCGAUCCAGAUUUUUGUCCUCGCUGUGGUUCCAUCCUUCCUCUUCCUGGUGUAUCGGAUGUUGUUUCUUGUAUUCUUUGCGACUUCAAGAAAGACGCAUCUGAAUUUGAGGAUAUAGAAGUUCACUCACGAAAGGUGUUCAACAUUCCAAAAGAGAAAGCAAACGCUUUGAAAGAUUCAGAGGAACCAAUAGGGCCUAUGGCUGACAGAAAAUGUUCAAACUGUGGACACGAAGGCAUGACAUACACCACAAGGCAAACUAGAUCUGCUGAUGAAGGCCAAACAGUGUUCUUUAGCUGUCCACAUUGCAAGAUUCAGGAAACAGAGUAUUCUUAAGGAUUUCUGUGGUUUAAAUCAUUCAUGCAUUUGCAAACAUCUUUGCAUGUUAAUGCCAGUAGCACAGAAACAACAAUCCCUGCUUUGUUGUGCAGGCUUCUUUUUGGAGUUUCUGUCUGCAUUUUGUAAGAUACAACCAGCAUUCAUGCAUUUACAUGUAAUAUAGUAAAAAGUGCCCUGAGUAGUAAAACUGUAUGUCUUA